AUGCCGCCCAAACCAAGAGGAAGUGGGACCAUACGUUCCCGCGGUGGCGCAAGGGGAGGAUCAGCCGUAGCGAGAAAUUCGACAGACGCAACCGAAUCUGUACAAGAUGCGACCCCGCAGAGUACAGCUCCUGCAGCUACCACAGGAGAUUCGAUUGAGCCAGCAAUCCCCAAGGAAGAGGACAGCGACUCGAAGCCCGCCGUCACUGAAGAGGGUGCGCUGAAUGCAACUGAGUCAAAAGCUUCUGCUGCCGAAUCACCCCAGCCUGGCACAGAACCGAGUGCUCGCGCCCCCGUACAGAGACUAGGCAGUUUGCAAGGCUCAGUACCUCCUUCCCGAUCCGCAUCACCAUCUGUACGCGGCCGUGGCGGUACAGCUCGAGGCAAGAGAGGUGUCAAGACGCCCGCAUUCACAGGCAGACGAAGCAAAGAAGAACGAGAUGCCAUUGCAAAAGAGCAGGCAGCCCGCGACCGGGAACGGACAAAGGAACAGGUCGCUGCAGACAAGAAGAGAGAGGCCGAUGCAUUGAGAGCAGCUAGGCGUGAGGCCAACAAACAGAAGAAUGCACGAGGUGGAUUCAGUGGAGUGGCCAGUGGGCCAUUCUCGCUAGGAAGCUCUAGAGAAGGCACGAAGAACAAUCCAAAUCGUGGACACUCUGGUUUUGGGGCAGGAUCUGGCUCGCGAGCAGAACGCAUCAAGAAUGAAGAUGGCGGCUUUGCAGGCUCAAGUCGGUCUGGAAGUGGGGGCGGGGGCGGAGGCAGUUCUUACAUGAAGAGAGAAGAUGGCGGAUUGAUUUCCUCUGAUGAUGAAGACGAUAUCGACCUGCCACGCAAGGAUAUCGACCUGAUCGAGAUUUCUUCUGACGAAGACGAAGCCAAGGACAAAAGUGUGCCGACACAACGUCCCGCAAGGACAGCACUACCUGUUCGAAUAGGACGGAAAGAACAUCAAGAACGAACAUUUGGUAUCAAUACAGAAGCCAGCUCAGAGGCCUCUGCCAAAAUACUCGAACAAGCGGAAUCAAGCGGACAGUCGCUGGCCACGGCUGCCACGGACCAAGCUGGCCGAAGAUCAAAAGCCAAGUCAAAGGAUGUGGAGAUUACAGGCUCUCGGAAGCAGUUCAAGGGUGUUUGGAAUGAUCCAGAAGAUUCAGACGUUGGUGUCAAGACCGAACCCACCAGCGACGACGAGAACAUGGCCGACGCUGAACAAGUUGGCUUGUCUAAUGCUCCAGCUCAGUCGGUGGAGAAGGAAGAGCCGCAGUCGCCGGAUGUUGAACGGAAGCCGAAAAUCAAGAGGAAGAGUAUCACCGAACCCAUCCUCCAGACUGACGAAGACCGUGCAGAAUGGGCGCGUUUUCAAUCAAACUUGCGCCACAUUCGAGCUGAGCUGGGCCCCGAAGAGGUGCCACACGACGAGACUGGGGACGUAGCCAUGGCAGAUGCUGGCAGUGCAGAGAAAAGACCCACAGUGCGCGAUAAUAAUGUUUAUCUCUUCCAGAUCCCACCCCUGAUGCCAGAAGUGGAACCGCCGUCUGUCAAGAAAGAGGCUUCAGACCCCCAGCCCCUUGCACCGCCCGUUCAGGCUCCAGGCAAAGCGGAUGCGAAGAUCAAGGUCGAGGAAGGAAGUUUCUCAGAUCCCAAUGCCAGGGUCAAAGAAGGGGUCCGCUUUGGAAGUGGACUUGUGGGCAAACUGCGCGUACACAAAUCUGGCCGCACAACACUAGACUGGGGCGGUACAAGCUUUGAGCUCACACCGGGGAACAGAUCUGGCUUCCUACAAGAAGUAGCUAGUGUUGAGAUCCGGCCAGAAAACCAGAGAGCAGCGCCCGAGGAUGCAGGGGAUGCGAUUAGUCUUGGCAGGGUCAAGGGCAAGUUUGUCGUGGUUCCCAACUGGGCGAGGAUGCUGGACUAG